GCGCAAGGUUGGCGUUACGUUACUGGUUGGACGCCUUCCUCCCUGCGGCAGUCGGCGCACGGCCUUGUUGAUUGAAGGAGUCGUGAUCGCGUUACGUAGCUUCCCAGCUUGGACACCUACCACAUCUCUCGAACACACCCCCUUCGCGCCUCCACUGUUGCUCUACCCUCUCACUACCAACAAUGUCCCAGUGACUCCAUGCCAUGCGUCUUCCCGACCACUCGAACCAUUUGGCCCAUGCAGCUCCCCCUUCACCCACGCCGCCCGGUGUCCGCAUGCCAUGAACCCCUCCAAUGGCUCCUCGCUGUCGACGUCUAAGAGUAAUUCGACAUUGCGUCCGAGGACGCGGAGACUGAUCUCGCUGGAAAAUGACAUCUAUGCGACGGACGGGAGCGAGAGUGGGCUGAGCAGGAGUGUAUCGAACACAAAUUCGAGGAAUGGAUCACCUACACCAAAAGCAUACCCCGGAGUCGCUCCCUCAUCGCGCCUCAACGCCACCUCGACCCCGUCAUCCUCCUUUGUGAGAUCUACAAGUGCACAAAACCCAAUAUCCCCUCGUAACGCAGCGAAUAACUUGUCUGGAAUAUGGGGGAACCCAUGGUCGGCUAUUCAAGGCAUCGCAGCAAACGUCAUGGGUAAUGAAGACACAUCCACAGAGGCAGGUAGUGCUCGAAGACGAAAACAGCUGAAAGGGCGACGCACGUCUACCAGUGUACCACCGCCGAAGCAAUGGGGUCCAGCAGGCGUAGCCGCACACGUUGGUAAUGGGACACAUGAGGAGAGGGAAGCCAUGGUUCGAGCAAUGAAGCGCAAGGACCUCUUAACCGCCAACGAGCAACUAGUGCCAGACUCAGUCGGCCGCAUAAAGCGCAGGACGUCAGAUGAGCGUCUCAGUGCUUCCGCACCUCCCGGUGAGAAUGACGACCGUGAUGCCCUCGUGUACAUUCACCAGGUUCGGCCGCAAGACACGUUGGCUGGACUCAGCAUCAAAUACAAUUGCGAGCAGGCCGUGCUACGCAAGUCGAAUCGCAUGUGGCCGAAUGAUAGCGUGCAGACAAAGGAGACAAUCCUGCUCCCAGUAGACGCUUGUGGAGUGAAGGGACGCCAUGUGCCUGGACCGGAUACUCUUCCAGAAGAGGAUCUACUGCUAGGAGAAUACGGCGACAGCACAAAUUGCAAGACACCGACCAUGGGGACGAAUGGACUUCCUGAUGGUUGGAGCACCCCGAAACAAAGAGACACGGAAACUACUUCUGUGUCCUCAUCGAACGCAGACGCAGAGCCACCAUGGAAACAUGAUUCGUGGGUACUUCUACCCAACGACAAGCGACCUACACAGAUCGGUCGCAUGCCCCGUAGAGCACUCGGCUUCUUUCCGCCCGCCCGUCGGAAGUCUCUAGCGUACUCAGAUGCAUCAACGCCCCGAGCGUCCAUCGAUCUCCCUCGCUCCUCUACAUCUACGAACCCAAUCCCGAGUUCCUCACAAUCUCCGCGGCCGCGUGCUACCAGUAACCUAUCUACAAUGUCAAGUCAUAGUCACCAACAAAGUACAUCAGGAAAUUCAUGGGGCUUACAUGGUCCAGGGGGUGUGGGGACGUUGGGCAGAAACGUGCGCAGCCCCGGCCCUGCUCAGGAUGGCCUGAAUAAGAACUUUGCUCAGUAUCUACCGAACAUGGCGCCACCGGCUGGGCAGGAGUAUUUUACGCCGUGGGCCCCAAGCUUGCUAGACGCAGGUGCUGGAACAUCGAGUCAGUAUGGAGGAUCCGGAGCAAUAACACCUAGCAAUGGGACAGGAAUGGAUUUCCAAGACAUCGGAGGCGCCAUCGAGGGCUGGGUACGAAAGGUUGGCACGCAAGCACAAAAGUUGUUGACUGAACCCGGUACGCCAGGUCAAGGGAAACGGAGCGCUGUUCCUGUACUUGGCGCCGUUGGUGGCGACUUGGGCGACCUCAUUGAAUUGCGAGACGAUGCUUUUGAGAUCGGUGACGAUGAGCGAGAUCGCGGGAGAUCGAGAACAGAGGAAGUCCUGGCGUCAACCAGUGAGCGGUCGGCUUCGAGAAUAAUGCAGCAGUAUCAAAGCGCUAGACCAGACAUAAACCUCGUUCUUAGAGACAGAGGGCGAAAGGGAGAUAGUAGCAAGAAGGACUGAAUAGCAUCAGAUGCAGCUUUGGGGUUGAUAUUGGCGUUUCGGUAAGCAUUUUGUGCUGCUUUCGAAGCGUUUCGGCGUAGUUUACACCAGAAAAGAAAUUUGAUAUAUACCUGUAACGAAAACAGAUGCAAGGGAAAUAUUCCUGUCGUUACUGUGUUGUCAGCCUGAAUCUCCGAGCAUCUAGUCCAUUACUGUCACCUAAACUACCAUGUAUGCACCUGAUAAUGUUCGUGUUGUGGUC